CUUGCGCAGAGCUAUGAACGGGAAGGCCACGGGGCAGGAGCGCCCGUGGGCAUAUGCAGAGUGUGUCACGCCAUAGGCGAUAAGCUCGGCUGAUCCGUCGCCUGCCAGCACCAUGGCUUCCGGAGGGGAAGGCCUGGAUGACAUUUCUGUGGACUGGGCAGGCGCCAGCCUCCUCGAUUUGGCUUCCCCUGAGCUGGCCAGAGGCAGCUCCUCCAUGAUGGACAGCGGGGAAGAUUUCGAAGUCCUAGAUAACGACGAUGACGCGGACGGGGACUUGAGCGGCCUGCCUCCACUGGAGGACAUCCCUGCCAGCAAGGCUAAAGAAGACAGCCGAGGCGAUGAUUUGGAGCGUCCCCCUGAGGAAGGGUCGGAGGCUAUGCAGGAGUGGCUUGACGUAUUGGGGAGUGGCUUGUUGAAGAAGAAAGUCCUUGUAGCGGGUCAAGGCCAAGAAAGCCGGCCAGUCAAAGGCCAGGAUGUAACCGUGCGGCUCAAAGCCACCCUGGAAGAUGGUACGGUGGUAGAGGAGGACCCCAGCCUCACCUUCACGUUGGGGGACUGUGACGUCAUCCAGGCCCUGGAUCUCUGCGUACAGCUGAUGGAGAUGCGGGAGACGGCCCUCGUUAUUUCAGACGCGAAAUAUUGCUUCGGCCCGCAGGGGAGGAGCCCCGACAUCCUUCCUGACGCCUCCUUGGCACUCGAGGUAGAGCUGCUAGCGGCGCGGGAUGCUCCUGAUUUGGAGCUCCUUAGCGGCAAAGAGAAAGUCGAGCUGGCGAAUCGGAAGCGGGAGCGCGGCAACUUCCACUACCAGCGGGCGGACUACGUGAUGGCCAUCAACUCCUACGACGUCGCCCUCAAGGUCAUCCGCUCCAGUUCUAAAGUGGAUUUCAGCCCAGAGGAAGAGGCCGAGCUAGUGGAAGUGAAAGUGAAAUGCCUCAACAAUUUAGCGGCAUCUCAGCUGAAGCUGGAUCAUUAUGAAGCCGCCCUGCGGAGCUGCAAUCAGGUCUUGGAGCAGCAACCCGACAACAUUAAGGCCCUCUUCCGGAAGGGAAAGGUCCUGGCCCAGCAAGGCGAAUACAGUGAUGCUAUCCCCAUCUUGAAAGCCGCCUUGAAGCUCGAGCCGUCGAAUAAGACCAUCCACACGGAGCUGUCGAAGCUGGCGAAGAAGCACGCGGACCAAAGGAGCGUGGAGACGGAGAUGUACCGCAAGAUGUUGGGGAACCCCGGCGGGCCCCCCGCCAAGUGCAAAGAUAAAUCGUCACGGUCGAUUCCGUGGAAGUGGCUGUUUGGCGCCACCGCCGUGGCGCUGGGCGGCGUGGCCUUGUCGGUGGUGAUCGCAGCCAGGAACUAGCGACGUGCGAGAAGCCCGAUCCGAAAGACCGGCCCUCCUCCUUCCUUCCGCCUCCCCCCCCCACCUUCCACUGUCUCUCUCCCCGCCUGGUCCUUGAUGACCAGUACACAGCUUUGGACUACAGGUUGUUUUUUGGGGGAGGGGGGCUGCAGGUGGGCGGCUUUGCUUCCUGCCCACACAUUCCCCGAGACCGACGCGCAACGCUUCCGGGGAGAGGUGUCACUUGGCACGGAUGGCGAUCUUUGCACUGUCCGUGGCUAUGGGUGGUGGCUUUACUAGGAGUGGGAAAGGACCCAGAGGUGUGUUUUAGUGGGGGCUGGAGGCGGGAGCAGGAAGGCUAUAAUUGGCCGGACGUUUCCCACAAUAUUUUCUUCCUCUCGCCCUCCUUUCCCCCCAGUUUUUUUAAGUGUGCGUGCAUUUUUCUCCCCCUGCCUUUUGGGUUCUUAUUUCUGGAAGGGUGGGGGGAUCAAGGGAGGGAGAAUCCAGCAGAAAAGUUGCCCAGGCCAUGAAGGAAGAGGACUGCUCCUGGCUUCAAAGGGCUGCAGGGUGGCAGGGCGCGUGUAUAGGAAGGUGGGCUGUGGUGAGAUGAAUCUGCUUUUGUACCGACAAAGAAGAGUAGCGUCAUGGAUGUUUAGAGCUGUUUGAGAAAUGCCUGGGCCCUGCUCCUUCCCUGGGUGUAAGCCAUCCUCUAACCUGGUUUUUUCCUGAUGUUUGGGACUCCGGCUCCUAUCUGCCACGGUCGGUGCGGCCAAUGGUCAGGAAUGCUGGGAGUUGUCAUUCAAAACAUCUGGAGGGGCGACACCGAUAUAUGUGGUCUUUGGCGGCUUCCCACGGGAGAUUACCUUGUAGCGCCGAAAGGAUCAUCAGUGGAUCUGGACCCUGUUUCCAUGUGUAAAUUUUUUUUGGGGGGGAGGGGGUGGAGCAGGGUAUGUGUAGCUAUUAAUUCCCCCCCCCCCCCAGCAUCUUCUGGAGGCCAAAUAAGGGAUCAUGCCAACCUCCUCACCCCUUGAAUUCCUGCUUCUCAAUUUUGCCAGCUUCUCACCCCCUUGCUCUGCAGUUCUCUCCUUCUCGGUCACACCACCGGCCCUACUAUGCUGGCAGCACUGGGUGCCAAGCUCAGCUACUCCUGCAUCACCAGGAUACAGGGAUUCCUCCCCCCACAUCUCCCCCAAAGAUGCUUUCGUUGGUUUUGUCGCCUCUGUCAAAUUUUAAACUGUGAACAACCACCACAACCAAACGUUGUAAUAAAACGACAUCUCUCAGCA